AUGUCGCGCUCGUCCAAGUCAAAAGGUCGAUCGGCCAAGUCGACGAUUGUCACGGUUCAAUAUGAUACCACCCUCAAGUCGUCGCUAGUCCAUCUACCCAUGUGCCUCUAUGCACCACUGGUCGACCUUGCCGUCCCACCACAGUCGCUCGUUGUCGAGAUUCAUCCCACACCAUCUUCGAGCCAGAAUGCCCUUCCGUACUAUGCAGGAUGGUCAGGCAUGAGCGCAGCACCGCUUUCGGUAGCGAACUCUCUCUCGCAGAACCCCGCUUCAUCCGCCAACGGCAAGUUUUCCGCAUCCGAUGUUCUCAACAUCUCUCCCUCUCUCGCAGCGUCGUUCCAUCCACCUUUGCCAGACGGCGCCACGUGCUCGGUGCGUCUCCUCCGCUCUCCGCCUCUUCCCACCGCCAUCAAGAUUGACGUGACGCCGCUGUCUGCCGACGACUGGGAGAUCCUCAGCUUGCAUGCCGAAGAAGUGGAACUCAACAUGCUCGGCCAAGUGCGUGCAGCUACCACCAACCAGGUCAUCACUGUUCAUGUUGGCAGGGGUGCAAACACGCUUGUUCGCUUCCGCGUCGACUCGACCACCCCAACCACCACUGCGGUAGACGCUGCUGAGCCGGACAACGAGGACACAGAGGCUGUUGCCGCCGCCAUCGCCGUUCGCCUUUCAACUGAUACUGAAGUCAUAAUUGCUCCAAGAUUGCGAAACAAGGCCGUAGACCCAUCGUUGGAGGAGGAACACUCCUUGCAACCAACCAGCAGGCCAGCCCUAAACGGAGCCGGAGCCGAAAGUGAGGUGCAAGCUCUUCGGCAGACGCUCCCUAAGCUGCUCUGGCGUGUCUUACCUCAACGCUUUGCCCAGGGACUCCACCUCGACAGCUUGUCUACAAGCGUCGCUGUACCACCAAGUUCAGCUGUCGGCUAUUCACAGCUGCGAAUAGUUUAUCCGGAUACUCGCCUCUCCGUCACCAAAGUCUCGUGUCCGACUAACAACAGUGCUCAGGAGAUGUCGAAUGCAGGUAGAGACAAGAGCUCUGUAGCAACAACCACAAAUGGAUACGAUGACGGCGACAAAGAUACAGCCAGUACUUCAAACACGAUGCCUGUGAGGCCAACAGCAAGUGCGAGGUUCGUCAAUGCCGACGAUCUACCAGGUGCCAGAGUGCCAACGGAUGCAGCAUGGCCAGAACGACACGUACUAGUUGGCGCAGGUCUGCGCGAACAGCUUGGUAUUCAGGACUACGAUCUUGUCCGCUUCGGUCCUCCACCACCCGGAUUCGCCAAGUCAGUGCCGGCCAAGGUGGCAGCACAGCCCAACACGCCUUCUUCGUCCCUGGAAGCAAACGAAGAAAACGGAUCCGAUCUAGCAGGUGUCGACCGCAUCCUCAGCGAUGCACAAGAUGUCAUCUCGACCUGCUUUCGUUCACGUGCUCUUGAGGCAGUAGCUGGCUCCUCUGCUGAAGCCAGACCAUUCCAAGGCUCGUCGAGCUUGCUUCUCUCCGGAGGUCCUGGUGCUGGAAAAACUGUGGUCGCCAAGCAACUUGCUGCCAAUCUCUCGUCCGACUAUCGCCUGUGUCUCGCCACCUCCUACUUCGACUGUUCGCCUUACAGCGAGGAACGCGUGCCUGUACUGCGCGCUCGCUUCACCGAAUGGCUCAACGAUGCAGCCUGGAAAGCACCCAGCCUGCUCAUCCUCGACAACAUUGAUCGUAUCAUCCCCGCCGAGAUGGAGCAUGUCGAUUCGCAGCGAUCCCGCCAGCUGGCCGAAGCCUUUGUUGCAAGGGUUAGGGACUGCGUCAAGGAUUUUGCUGUGUUUGUAGUUGCCACUGCACAGGGCAGUACCAGCGUCCACAGCUUGUUGAACUCGAGUCACCUGUGGUUGGAUAACUUGCAGCUCAAGCCACCGGGCAAAGAUGGCAGAAGAGAGAUCCUGUCUCACCUGGUGGGCAAGAAGCUCAAGAACGCAAACAAGCAAGGGGAGCACGCGGUCUCGGAUCUCAAUUUUGUCACUUUGGCGACGCAGACAGAAGGGUACUUGCCAGCCGACUUGCGCGACCUUGUCGAGAGGGCGACGCAUCAGGCAGCUAUUCGCAGUGCAGAGCAGGGUCGUGAAGCAACUCGAGCGCUUCCUGCAGUCAACGGGCUUGCUGAAGAUGCAAAGCAACACGGGGCUGCGAAUGGUAUUGUCAGCUCUUCCGCAGAGGCAGGAGAGGCGCUAUCGAUCACCAUGGACGACUUUACGCAAGCACAGGAUGGAUUCACCCCGCUAUCACUGCGAGACGUCAAGCUGGAAAAGUCUUCUGUCGCAUGGUCCGACAUUGGUGGGCUGGUCGAAACGCGCCGUGUGCUUCGCGAGACACUCGAAUGGCCCACAAAAUACGCAGCAAUUUUCGCCUCGUGUCCGUUGCGACUUCGUUCCGGUCUGUUGUUGUAUGGUUACCCAGGAUGCGGUAAGACGCUGCUCGCUUCAGCCGUCGCCAAGGAAUGUGGACUCAACUUUAUCAGCGUCAAAGGACCCGAAAUCCUCAACAAGUACAUCGGAGCAUCCGAAAAAUCUGUCCGCGAUCUAUUCGAUCGAGCACAAGCAGCCAAGCCGUGCGUGCUGUUCUUCGACGAGUUCGACUCGAUCGCGCCGAAGCGUGGUCACGACAGUACGGGCGUGACGGAUCGCGUGGUCAACCAGAUGCUGACACAGAUGGACGGUGCGGAAGGAUUGGAUGGCGUGUACGUGCUUGCUGCCACCAGUCGACCGGAUUUGAUCGAUUCAGCGCUCUUGAGGCCAGGUCGUUUGGACAAGUCGCUGCUGUGCGAUAUGCCCGGGUUGGAGGAUCGCGUGGAUAUUAUGAAGGCCAUUGCGAGAAAGGUGCAUUUGCAUCCUGACGUGGACUUGGACAAGUGGGCCACGAGGACCGAGGGCUUCUCAGGAGCCGAUCUGCAGGCAUUGCUGUACAACGCUCACUUGGAGGCGAUUCACGAAUCCAUCGCUGCGGUCGAAGAGAAAGAUGGAGAGGGAAAGCAGGACAAAGACGAUUCGGAUGGUGCGGUCAAAUUUACCACUAUUGGUGGGGCCAAGAAGACAUUGAGCGGGGCAGAGAGGCAGGCGUUGGCACGGAAGCUUGAGCUGGUGCUCAAGAAUUGUCAACAGCCAACGACCAAGGUUGGACGCAUUCUCCCUGCUCACCUCACUUCUGCUGCGCCUAACGGCGUUCACACCGACAAUGGCACGGAGCAAAAGACAAAGAAGAGCAAGACGCUGGUCACCGAAGCGCAUCUAGAAACUUCGAUCAAGAGCACACGCCCCAGUGUGCCACUGGAAGAGCAGCAAAGGUUGCGAGGUAUCUACAGGACUUUUGCAGGCGAUAGAGAUGGAAAUUUCCCGGAUGGUGAGGCGAGCACGCAGAUCGGGGCCAGAAGCAGCCUUAUGUAG